UGUUGCACAAAAGUAGAAUUAAGACAUCCGGGAUAAAUGACUCAGCUGAGCUCAAUGAAGCCAAAACAUGUGCGUCCAGGCUUAAUUGGUUGCACAAAGACCAAGCCAGGAUGAGCAGACACGGAUUCAUUAAGCCAGGUGAAACCAAUCCUGGAUAGGUGCGCGCUCACGGCUCACUCAAAUAGACCCCGCCACAGAUCACAGAUUAACUGAUUUACCAUGGCAACUAGAGCCGCGUACUUUUCCCCGUCGGAAGCACAAAUCCUCAUGGAGGCAUACGAGGAGGUAAAAGAUAUAAUUAAGAAGAAAGGCAACACCGCCACAGUGAUAAAGCAAAGAGAAAAAGCGUGGCAAAGUAUUGCAGACCGCCUGAAUGCGUAAGUAGUGCACAAUUACACACUCACCGCUCCGCUGAAACAUCACAAUUACAAUUCAAAUAUUUAAUUCACAUCUCCAAAAAUGCAGUUGUACUGUAAUUAUGAAACGGUUAAAUUUUUAAUUGAAAUGCACUGCAGAUAUGAGUGAAAUUGUGUAAAGUAACUCCAUCACACUGUAUAAAGCUAUGAUAAAUUUUUUGAUAUUUUUACUGAAAACAAGACAAAAAUACCAAGUAAUUUUUUGCAGUGUGACUCCAUUAAAUGUGUGUGUGUGUGUGUGUGUGUGUGUGUGUGUGUGUGUAGAUUAAACAUGAACGGGCCAAAACGGACAUGGCAGCAGGUCAAAAUCAAAUACAAGAACAUUCUGCAGAAUGCAGUGAAAAAGAAUACCCACAGACAAGGCACGGGUGGUGGGUCACCAAAGGCUGACCUUACCCCAGCAGAGGACAUGGCCUUGGAGCUAAAUAAAGGCAGGCCCGUCUUAGAGGGGAUCCCUGGGGGGAAAGAGACGAGCAUAGGUUCCUCCCAAGAUGCCACCCGCUUCAUUCAAGUGCCUGGCAGCACUGUGUUCCUGUUAGAGCCACCAGCACAAGCACCAGACGAUGCUGAUCCAGGUGAAGGCCCCAGUGCAGCAGCAACAGCACAUGAUGGAGACGAUGAUGAGGAGGAGACCAUCUCUCUGGAUUCCAGAAGGCAUGAGGACCCAGAUGCUAUACAGUGGGAAAACCAGCCUGGCAACAUAAGCUCACAAGCUAUCAGAAAGUUGUAUGGCAACCACCUCCGGCGCCAAAUAGAACUGGCAGACAUAGACAUUCAGUACAAGAAGAAAAAGAUGGAAAAUCUUGCACUGGAGUCCGAAAUAAAAAAGAGGACAAUUAGGAAACUGGACCUUGAAAUAAAAAAACUUGAGAGGGAGCUCCAAGAAGAUGACACAGCUCAAAAUAAAAAUUAGCAAUCAGUACAACCAAGUCAUCGUUAUAAGGCAUCGCCCUCUUUUGCCCACCCCCCAGCACCAGGUGUGGCCACUAGCCUAUAUGAAGGCCCAAAAUUGUGUGUUCCUUUCUGCUCUGACAAUGGCAUGCCCAUUCGUGCGAGAUGUGGUGGAUGAAGAAGCACUUGUGCUGAGGAGAGCCUUCAGGCGAGAAAGGGUCUUCAGGGACCGGUUGGACCCACUGGCCUUCCCUGAUGACCAUCUAUAUGAAAGAUACAGGUUUUCUGCAGAUGGCAUCAGGUAUCUAUGCAGACUACUGGGUCCCAGGAUUAAGCACCGCACUGCACGGAGCCAUGCACUGAGUGUGGAGCAAAUGGUUUGUGUGGCCUUGCGCUUUUUGCUAGUGGAGCCUUCCUGUACUCAGUGGGGGAUGCAGAACAGCUGAACAAGGCCACAAUUUGCCGCACAAUAAGGAGUGUGUGUCUGGCUAUCAAAGCAUUAGCAGAUGUCUUCAUCUCCUUCCCUGGCCACAGAAGACUCUGUGACAUCAAAGAGGAGUUCUAUAGGAUUGCAGAUGGUCUGCAAUGCUGACUGUGUGAUCAGCAAUGUUGUGGCAAAAUGGCCUGGCUCAGUCCAUGACUCCAGAAUCUUUCGGGCCUCUGAAAUCUAUCAGUGCCUAUCACAAGGUGAAUUCUCUGGUGUGUUGCUGGGAGACAGGGGUAUGGCUGCCAGCCUUUUCUCCUGACACCUUUCACAGACCCCCAGGAAGCACAGCAGGCCUACAACCAUGCCCAUGCCAGGACCAGGGCCAGAGUUGAAAUGACCUUUGGCCUCCUGAAGGCACGCUUUCACUGCCUUCACAAAUUAAGGGUCAGCCCUGUUAGGGCAUGUGAUAUUACUGUGGCUUGUGCUGUCCUCCACAAUGUGGCCUGCCUGAGGAAGGAGAGGGCCCCCAGAGUGCCACCAGCCAUGGACUGGGACAAUCCGGCAAUCUUCCCUGAUGACGACAGUGGUCGGCUGCUGAGGGACCAAUAUGUGUUGAAUUAUUUUAGUUAGUAUGUGUGCUUUCAAUUUUGGUUAAAUAUGUCCUGCGGUGGCAGAGGAAUUUGGGUUUUUUUGGGUUCGUUUUUUGACGAAUUUGGCCUCUUAUGAUGUUUGUGCGGUAUACUGUGUGUAAUACAAGGCUGCAGGGAGGCUACUGCAUCCAUUCAUUUGUCUGUUCAGUUGAUGUGUAUGGAUUUGUCCUGCAUUUAUUUUAGUGUGCAGACAUGCAGGGUGUGUUAUAUACAGACCUUUGAAUGUGUAUGUAUCAUUUUGUAUAAUAUGCUUGGAUUCUGUGCUUUCCAUCUUGUAGAGUCACUGUGACUUCAGUUUCGAAAGGAGCUGAUGGUUUACCUGCUUUGUUUUGUCCUUAUUCAAUAAAGGAACAUAAUGUUACACAUUGUGUUUUUAUAUUCA